AUGCCGAGAAGGCACGCUGCUUCCGGAGAUAUGCCUACUCCGCAAGACACCAUCAACGUCGCUAUGCCGCGACCGUCUCGACCCCCGAUACGUCUAAAAUUGAACAUCCGCCCUAGACAACCGGAGCCGGAACCAGAACUGCCUCCUGCUCGGCCUAAAAGAAAGAUAUCGAGACCUGCCAGAUACUCGAACAAUGUCUUUGAGCCUCUGACCAAAAAGCGAAGACUUACAGCAGAUCUGAACAUGUCCCCACAAGCACCAACCUCACCCCAUGCGGCCUCGAAUCUACCCCCAAUCAACUCUUCAGAUCCCGUGGUGCUGACCUCGCGGGAGCCUGCCGAUAAAAGUGACUAUGUCGACUCUUACGAGGUCGAGCCUGCCGGCUAUGGUGAUGACUUCUUGAGCAACUUUAUCGACGAUACUCCUCGUUCUUCUCUAUCAGCUCUAUACUCUGUUAUCGGCUCGGUCAAGAGUUAUAGGCCGGAUUCCGAUUUCUUACCAGAGUCGGAUGCUCUGCCUGCAGCUGCCGGCUUGAUGUACGACACUUCAGCUGAUCUCGCCAGCGAGCCCCCAGCAUACUUCGGGAACGAAAUGCAGAGUCCUGUCGUCCUGUCAAGUUCCCUCUCUUCACUGCCCCAGCAACCCGACAGCCCUGAGGUCAGUAUUAGAAAGCUACAAAAUGCAUGUCAGGCUUUGGGACGUCUUAGCAUGCCACCUGUCCAACAACAGAUCCGCCCGCCGUCGAGCAGAGAUGACCUCAGAGGUACUUCAACACACGAAUCAGUACAUGAUAUUGGUGUCGACCUUGCUGACCAACAAUACAACGUAGACAGCAGCGUUGACGCUCUAUUGGCAGCUGCUACCGGGUCCGAUCGAUACGAGGACGCUGGAGAUAGAUGGUGUGAUGGAGUACAUUUCGGAGAGCCAGACGUGGAGAUCUUGCUUCUGAUCAACAAAGCUAUUGAGAUACUGCAUCAUCACAUUGCCAACAUUCGCAGACUCAAAGCCCAAGCAGCACUUCAGCACGGUCGACCUUCCCAAGGCAAGGGCUCGGAAGAUGGACCAUGGAAGACUGAUACCGAACAACUGGUCAUGACUGCACUACAAUCGUUGCUCCGUGGUGGUGCGACUGACAUUGGCUGCAUAAUCUCGAGCGAACGUGCGAACUUGCUUUGGCGUCUGUACUCGCAGCUGACCCACUUUGUCACAACACCUCACAUCGUAUUGAGCAGAACCUUCCGUCUACUACAACAGGUAGAGAGUGGCGUGAUUAAAAAACAGCGCCGUUCAUGCAAGCGUUCAAACGUACCUCAAAAGGGCAAAACAGCCAAUGUCCCGGUUCCUCAUAAGUUCUUGUCUCGCCAGGCAGUCUCGAGUUAG